CCUCCGGCAAAUUGGGCUUGUUCUCUCUCUCCAUUUGUUCUUCCGGGUCACAGCGUAGACUGAAAGUGAAAGCCGCCAUUAUUGUAUCAAAUAUUAUAUUAAUUAAUACACCGAGUACAAGCUUUCUCUUCUGCUGCAAAUUGCCAAUCGAAUAGGAACCCUUUGGAAACUGGAUCUGCCUUCAUUAUCCACAAUACACAGUCACUGCUUCCUCCGAUUUCCCUCCCCCGAUCCCAUUGAGGAUAAAAAGGCGAUAGCAAUUAGGGCCUAGGGUUUACAAAUUUUCGGACCCCUUUCAAGGUUAUUUUUUCAAUACAAAGUCGCAAUUGUUUGCCAAAUAACGACACAUGGAACAACACUGAAGCCUGAAGAGUGCCUGUAAAGGACAAUAAGUUGUUGUUCAGACCCCAUAAAGGAAAAAAAGAAGCUGGUAUUCAGUAAAUGAAGUUGUAUACUUGAGGGUAUUGGGAGCAAAUGGCGCCGAUAUAUUAUAUACUUGUUGCAUUACCUUGCACAGUCGUGGCCAUUGCUUUAGCUCUUCUACACAUUUACAGGCACCUGUUAAACUAUACUGAACCCACUUAUCAGAGAUAUAUUGUCAGAAUCAUUUUCAUGGUCCCUGUUUAUGCAUUGAUGUCCUUCUUGUCGCUCGUCCUAAAUGAGAGCUCAAUCUAUUUCAAUUCCAUUCGGGAAAUAUAUGAAGCGUGGGUCAUUUAUAAUUUCUUAUCAUUGUGCCUGGCAUGGGUGGGCGGCCCAGGAGCUGUUGUCUUAAGCUUAAGUGGUCGAGUUCUGAAGCCAAGUUGUUGUCUGAUGACGUGCUGCUUUCCUCCCAUUCCAUUAGAUGGGCGUUUUAUCCGGAGAUGUAAGCAAGGUUGUUUACAGUUUGUGAUACUCAAGCCCAUUUUAGUCGCGGUGACGUUCAUACUUUAUUGGAAAGGGAAAUAUCACGACGGAAAUUUCAGUGCGGACCAGUCAUUCCUUUAUCUCACAAUCAUCUAUACCUUAUCGUACUCUAUGGCUCUCUAUGCACUGGCCUUAUUUUAUGUCGCAUGCAGAGAUUUGCUUCAGCCGUUCAAUCCAGUUCCAAAGUUUAUCAUAAUCAAAUCAGUUGUUUUCCUGACCUAUUGGCAGGGUGUUCUUGUAUUUCUUGCUGCGAAGUCUGGAUUUAUAAAGGAUGCGGAGGAGGCUGCUGAGUUCCAGAACUUUAUAAUUUGUGUCGAGAUGCUUAUUGCAGCAGUGGGUCAUCUUUAUGCAUUUCCAUACAAAGAGUAUGCUGGUGCCAACAUCGGAGGCUCUUGUGGAUUCACUGGGAGCCUUUCACAUGCUUUGAAGCUAAAUGACUUCUACCAUGACACAGUCCACCAGUUUGCUCCCACUUACCAUGACUACGUGCUUUACAACAACAAUAGUGACGGUGAGGAGGGGCAAAAGAAGUAUCGGUCACGGACCUUCGUUCCAACUGGUUCGGAGAUGGAUACAGUUAGAAAUAACAAACACACAGUAUCGAACAAGUUGGAUGAGGUACAGCUUUCUAGUCUCUCUUCUUCGGGUAGUAGUACUCCCCAACAUUCUGGUCCAACAAAUGAUACCAAAAACGCCAAGGCAAUGAACUCUUCAUUCCUGAUGGAUGUAUCGAAUUCUGACUCUGUUCCCUAUGACAUAACAACGCUCAUUGACAUAGACAUGUCGAGUUAUUCUCCAAAGGUUCCCUCAGCUAACAAACCUGGAAAUAGCUGACACUGAAUGAACCCUACUUUGAAGAAACCCUUGUUUUGCUGUUAUUGGUCUCAGUUUUUACAGUCAAAUUGUGGGUAAUAAUUGAUGAAGCCCUAUGUUCUCUCUUUUCCCUGAAGAUGCUGGGAUGAGGCUCUGUACAUUUAGGAAAGUACGCAUUACCCAUGUUAGAGAUAUUGUCAUUAUUGCUGUGUGUUCACUGUUGCACCUUUUUUUAACCCAUUUCCUUUGUAAAUACAACAUUGCUCCAUUGUGGUGAAUAUUCAUAUUGAACUUGAGAUUGUGAUAUUGACUGCAAAA